AUGUCUGACGAUGCAAGUGAAAAGAACAUCGUGAUCAUCGGCGGCGGUAUCAUCGGCUGCACAGCAGCAUACUACAUUUGUUCCCACCCCCUCUUUGCCUCGUCAGGCGCGAAGAUCACGUUGAUAGAGGCCUCAGCGAGCGGCGUCGCGAAGGGCGCAUCGGGAAAGGCAGGCGGACUGGUCGCGAAGUGGGCCUACCCGAAGGAGCUCGUGAGUAUCUCGUUCCCGGAGCACGUCCGCCUCGCCAAGGAGCACAACGGCGCAGAGCGCUGGGGUUUCCGGUUUGUCGGGUGCGGGAGCUGGGAAGGACGGGGAGAAUCACUCAAGGAUGGAACGGGGUCGGGCGUAGGGAAGGGUGGAGAGCGGCGGAACCUCGAGAAGACGAACGGACUCGACGCGGGUUGGAAUCGGCGCAAGCUCGCAGAGACUGGGUUCCCAGAAGACCUAAACUGGAUCAAGCCUGAGCUCACGCAAUCCUACACGCCGAUGGCGCCGCCGGGCGCGACGGCCCAGGUGCACCCGUAUCAGUUCACGACGAGCAUGCUGCAGCUCGCGCAGGAGAAGGGGCUGCGGUUCAUAACGGGGAAGGUGAACUCAAUCCGGAUUGAUCAUUCCCAGGGGCGUGUGAGCAGCGUUACGUACGUCGAGACAGGCGUCGGUGCACGUCCCGGCUCGCAUACCAUCCCUGCGACGCACGUCGUGCUCGCGGCGGGCGCGUGGGCGCCGAAGCUCCUCCCUUCUCUGCCUAUCGUCGGCACCCGCGCGCACAGCAUCACUAUCAUCCCCAAGUCGGGCGUGAAGAUCGCGCCGUAUGUGCUCUUUACGGAAAUCCAGCUACCGUUGACGGGCAGGACGAGGGUGCCGCAGCACGUCAGCCCGGAAAUCUACCCCCGCCCGGACAAUGAGGUGUACUGCUGUGGACCGGGCGACAACUCGAGGCUACCGGACACAGUGGACGAGGUGCAGGUUGAUCAGGCCGCGUGCGAGAGUGUCCGGCAACACGUCUCGAGCAUUUCGAAGGAGCUGCGGGAGGGGAUCGUCGAUCGAAGGCAGGCAUGCUUCUUGCCUGUCGUCAGUUCUGGUGGAGGUCCUAUAGUUGGAGAGGCAGUUACGGUAGCAAAGGGCUUUAUCGUCGCGACCGGUCACACAUGCUGGGGCAUCUGCAACGCCCCAGGAACGGGAAGGAUCAUCGCCGAGUUGAUCCUGGAGGGCAAGGUCAGCUGCACAAACACGUCAAAGUUGCAGCCAGGUCUCUUCCUCUGA